AUGACUUUUGUCAUGAAUGCUUCGUUAUGUGCUGGAUCGACCUCAUUCAAAUGUAACGGCCGCAGUGACAAAAACGAGGACAAAACGAUACGCGGAAUCUCGAUUUCUGUAACUAUUAUUAAUACCGAAGUCAUGGGCAGUUCACAAGAUGAGAUCCGGCGGUUAAUGAAGGAAGCCAAGCACAAGCCUAAUGCGACUGCAUCACGUCAAAAGAGUGAUUCAUCUAUCAUUGCAAAGCCACCUACAGCAAAAUCUGCCGUCCCGCAGAAAUCCGUGAUCCCCAUUGGUUUUUUCGAUGACGCGUUGGCCGAUGCCAAGGCCCGUCAUGUCGACGUACAACAAUUAGCAAAGAAGCAGCUGGAGACGGAAUGGGAAGCGUUUCAGGAAUUCGCAGCGGAGGUUGAGAAACAGUCGAUCAAAGAAGAAAAGGUACAAGUGAAUGAGACGAAAGAACGCGAAGCGGUUGAACAACUCGAGAAUUUGAAGUACGUGGACAGAUAUCGUAUGAUUCUUGAACGUGUGACGUGUCUCCGUAAUGGAGAGAAGAGAAAAGCACAUGAUGAUGUGGUUGAUGACGACGAAGAGGAAGAUGACUCGAGUGCAGCUGUCAUGGCAAUGAAUGAGUACAAGAAGAAGCAGAAGAAACUAAAAAAGCAGCAGCAGCAGUCAAUCAGUGAAGAAUCGGAUGACUUGGAUCUGUGCAACUGGAGAUCUCGAGGCAUGUAA